AUGUCAGCACACCUUCCGACAAUCCAUUCUGCGGGGAUACUUAUUAUUGGAGAUGAGGUUCUCAAUGGGAAGAUUCUAGAUACGAAUUCACAUGAGUUUGCCAAGUUUUGUUUCCAGAAACUUUCAGUGCCACUUAAAAGAACUGUUGUAUGCGGAGAUGACGAGCAGGAUAUUGUCGAUUCGCUUAAAACUUUAAAGGAUUGCAGUUUUGUGAUCACCAGCGGUGGUAUUGGGUCGACCCAUGAUGACAUAACGUAUCUGGCCAUUGCCAAGGCUUACAACUUAGACUGUCGUUUAGAUCAAGAAACUGUAGAUCGUAUGCAAAAUUUACGAGGCGAGUACUUACAACAUUUGAAAAAAGAUCAAUUAUCUGCCUUCUACCGUAUGGCCACCAUCCCACAACCUUCAAUAGACUCAAAAACAGCCGUAGAAAAGAUUUUUAUUAGCGAUGACCUAUGGGUACCCGUUGUUGGAGUUGACCAGCGUGUUUACAUUCUCCCCGGGGUACCUCAACUUUUCAAAAAACUCUUGACCGGUCUUUUGCCAUACCUCAAGCCGAGAGUACAGGAGACAGCAGCAUUUGAGCGGUACUUUGUUAAAACGACAACCAAAGAGAAUGAACUUGCUCCGUUCUUGUCUGGCUUACAGGAAAGAUGCGAUGCAGAAUUUGGAAAACAGGCAGUGAAGCUUGGAAGCUAUCCACAUUAUACCUGGCAGAUCAACACAAUCAGUAUCAUCAGCGGUAUUGAAACAGGUGCAUUGCGCAAGAUUGUCGAUGAGAUUGUCGCAGGAAUUGGUGGGAAUGCUAAGGAGAUCUCAGCACAAGAAGAGGAUAGAUUGACCACCGAGGAUCCACCCCAAUAG